GUACUGGGAGCCCGGGCAUCGGGAUCCUUUCCUUCCAAUCUCGGGUUGGGGCCAGGGAGGCAUGCGAAGCGACGAUCGGGUGGGACAACCUUGGAUCUUCUAUCAGACAGGAGAGCAACGUCGGUUGCUUAGGGCUUCUGGCGCGGCCGUUACUUCCAUUGCUGACAGCCAGGGAGGUGUUUGGUGGCUGUUCGCCACCAAUAACCCAAACGUGUCCGUCUCCCAAAGCGAAGAUGGGCUGCAAUGGCAUUUGAUCCAGCGGAGCUCUUUACCUUUUGCGGAGAACUGCUCCGGUUUCUGGGGUAAUCGCGCAGUUUGGGCGGAGAUGGAGAAUCAGAAGAUUGUCUUCCAUGCUCUGCAGGAGCAGGCAUGCGGUGUGUGGAAUACUUAUCACUACACCAGUAGCGAUGGGCUCUCGGACUGGACCGUCUCCUAUCCGGGCCCAGUCAAAGGUCUUCAGCGUGCCCCGGGCGGGAUGUUCGGUGGCCCGAGCCUGGCUGUCCUUCCUCAAUUCCUUGGUGGUGGACGUUUCGGCCUUCCAGUUCCCAUGCCUCGAAGCCCCGCCGGCGUUCGUCAUCUCUGGUUUCACGCGGCGUCCCAAGGGGGAAACCUCCCCACAGAUAUAUACCAUGCAAUUGCAGCAGGCCGACCGCAAGACGAGUGGGCCGUGCUGCAUGUCGAUCCGAAAACAAACCCACUGGGAGCCGAGCUGGAGCAUAUGGCGGCCUACCUGCCUCCAAACACUACCAGCUGGGAGUUUGACCAGGUGGCGGAUCCCAGCUUCACCUACUACAUGCAGGACUUUGCAGCAUCUUCCUCGUCACCUCGAGCGCUAAUGUUCUAUGAUGGCGAUAACAACGUCAAGGGCACCGGCAACAUUGGAAUGGCUGUGGGCUUGGCUCACAAGAUCUUUCCUGGUGGUCCGGGUUUGGAAGCGGGAUACGUGGAAAUCCAAGUCUAG